UUUCCGCUCUAACAAUGAUUAGUCAGUAGCAGCUUCAUAAUUCAUUGACCCUAUUCCUUUCUUUAUUUUCGGAUUAAAUUAACUAACAUCAAUUUUUGUUUUUGGCUUCAGUGAUAAAUUGUCAGCAUCUAUUUCAAGGUUUCGUCUUUUUUGUGCCUUUUUUCCCCCAGAAAUUCAUAAAUUCGUGGAAGUUCGAGGCUCGAUUUGUGCAUUGAAUUGGUGCCGCAUUUACUCUACGAAUUGAACAAGGUGGCAUGAUGCGAUGAGAUGAUGUUCUAUGAGGGUAUUCUCAGUGUAACACUCUGAAUUUGAAGUAAAAUGUUCAGUCCAAGCAUGGAUUCUGCAAGGGAUGCGAGUGGUGUGGCAGGGACCGUGCUAAUUCCCAUGCGGUUUGUGUGGCCGUACGGGGGAAGAAGUGUGUAUCUAAGUGGUUCUUUCACGCGGUGGUCUGAACUUCUACAAAUGUCGCCUGUGGAAGGCUGCCCAACUGUGUUUCAAGUUAUUCAUAGCUUGGUACCUGGUCAUCAUCAGUACAAGUUUUUUGUUGAUGGAGAAUGGCGGCAUGAUGACCUUCAACCUUGUGAAUCUGGAGAAUAUGGGAUUGUUAACACUGUUUCAUUGGCUACUGAUCCUAAUAUUUUACCUGUUUUAACUCCAGACAUAGUUUCUGGAUCUAACAUGGAUGUCGACAACGAGGCUUUUCGACGCAUGGUCCGAUUGACAGAUGGUACAUUAAGUAAUGUGUUAUUGCCAAGAAUAUCUGAUGUUGAUAUACAGACCUCUCGUCAGCGUAUUUCUGCAUUCCUAUCUAUGAGUACAGCAUAUGAAUUACUUCCUGAGUCAGGCAAGGUUGUUACCUUGGAUGUUGAUCUGCCUGUGAAACAGGCAUUUCACAUACUGCAUGAGCAGGGAAUUCCCAUUGCUCCUCUCUGGGACAUCUGCAAGGGGCAGUUUGUUGGAGUUCUUAGUGCCUUGGAUUUUAUUUUAAUUUUAAGAGAGCUCGGAAAUCAUGGGUCCAAUCUAACAGAAGAGGAGCUUGAAACACAUACCAUAUCAGCUUGGAAAGGAGGAAAAUGGACAGGAUUUACACAAUGUUUUAUCCGUGCAGGGCCAUACGAUAAUUUGAAAGAGAUUGCUGUGAAGAUCCUGCAACAUGGAAUUUCAACAGUUCCUAUUAUUCAUUCAGAAGAUGGUUCAUUUCCACAGCUACUACAUCUUGCUUCACUUUCAGGAAUCCUUAAAUGCAUUUGCAGGUAUUUUAGGAAUUGUUCUAGUUCAUUGCCUAUACUUCAACUUCCAAUUUGUGCAAUCCCUGUGGGCACGUGGGUGCCCAAAAUUGGGGAGUCAAAUCGCCGGCCUCUAGCAAUGUUGAGACCAAAUGCUUCACUUACUUCAGCCCUAAACUUAUUAGUUCAAGCUCAAGUAAGUUCAAUACCAAUAGUUGAUGAUAGUGACUCAUUACUGGAUAUUUAUUGUCGAAGUGAUAUAACAGCUUUGGCAAAGGACAGAACUUAUACCCAUAUUAAUCUUGAUGAAAUGACUGUUCAUCAGGCAUUGCAAUUGGGCCAGGAUUCUUAUAAUACUUAUGAGCUGAGUUGUCAAAGAUGUCAGAUGUGUUUGCGAACUGAUUCUCUGCAUAAAGUGAUGGAACGUUUGGCAAGUCCAGGUGUGAGGCGGCUUGUAAUUGUGGAAGCUGGCAGCAAGCGCGUAGAAGGCAUCAUAGCACUGAGUGACAUAUUCAACUUCUUCCUUGGUUAUAACAGUUAGUGUGGUGGUCAUGACACUUAAUGCAUAUAGUCAGGCAACCAUCUCGGCCCAGCCACUAAAAAGAGAUUCCAGAGCUUUUACACGGUGAUUUGAUCUUUAUUUCAUUGAAAAUACAAUUGGAUUGGCCUCUUGCUUCAUUGCCUUGUUUUAAGAUUUUAGGCUUGAGAAAGAGGCCUGUAAAUUUUAGUCUGAUUGCCCCAAAUUUAUUCAUCUCACCCCCAGUCAUGUUAUGUUCAAAUAUGUUGUGCUCCUGAUAUCGAUACACAAGCAAAGGGGAAGUGCACAAUGUCUGUAAUUGUUUCAUAUUUGUGAAGAUACAAAUUUCGGAGGGGGGGGGGGGCGCGGUCAUGGGAGGACCAAUAUUCGUCAAAAUAUUAUUGUUUUGUUGACUAUCUUUGGUUCUCGAGGGAUACAGCGUAGUUAUUCUCAAGUGGUGAUGGGCAAAUAUUUUCUUGUGUUU